CCCCUCGCCUGGCGUCGAUCCAUCUCCUCCGACUCGCUCAGUUGCCCCUCUCGCUCUCGUGCUCUCCACCCGCUUCACCGCAUAACCCUAGCUCCGCCACAUGCACCGGGCCGGCGACCGGUCCGGCGGUCCCUCGGGCGGCGGCGACCGCUCCGGAGGUCGGUUCCAGCGGAGCCCUUCCCGUUGGUUAGGCGGCGGUGGCGGAGGAGGGGGUAGCCCGCCCCAUCGCUACUCCUCGCGCAGCGGGGGAGAUGGCAGUGGUGGAGGAGGCGGUGGCGGUGGCGGUAGCGGGAGGUUUCACCCGUACCGUGGCUCUUCCGAUUAUUCUGGCGGCGGCGGCAGCGGCGGCGGCGGCGGGAGUGGAGGGUACAGAGGCGGCGGUGGGGACAAUUUCGGCGAGCAGAGGCACCGCUACGGCGGCAGUAACCGAGGCGGAGGCCUUGGGGAUUUCCAAGAUCAUGACAGCAGAAGUAAUUAUGUCAAACUUUUUGUUGGGUCUGUUCCAAGGACAGCAACUGAAGAAGAUGUCCGUCCUUUAUUUGAGGAGCAUGGAGAUGUUCUUGAAGUUGCUUUAAUCAAGGAUAGGAAGACCGGUGAACAACAAGGUUGUUGUUUUGUUAAAUAUGCUACUUCUGAGGAGGCGGAAAGAGCCAUCAGGGGUCUGCACAACCAGUACACUUUGCCUGGAGCGAUGGGCCCUGUUCAAGUUAGAUAUGCUGAUGGUGAAAGAGAGCGACAUGGGGCUAUUGAGCACAAAUUAUUUGUCGCGUCCCUCAAUAAGCAAGCAACUCCAAAGGAGAUUGAAGAGAUCUUUGCCCCAUAUGGUCAUGUGGAAGAUGUUUACAUUAUGAGAGAUGGCAUGAGGCAGAGCCGAGGUUGCGGCUUUGUCAAAUUCUCAUCAAAAGAGUCAGCAGUGGCAGCUAUGAAUGCCCUUAAUGGGAUUUACAUAAUGAGGGGAUGUGAGCAACCAUUAGUCAUUAGAUUUGCUGAUCCUAAGAGGCCUAGACCUGGAGAAUCGAGGAGUGGCCCUGCAUUUGGAGGUCCUGGUUUCAGUCCUCGAUCGGAUGCAGCCCUUGUUAUCAGGCCGACAGCAAAUCUUGAUGAACCAAGGGGUCGCCAUAUGCCUCCUGAUUCUUGGCGUCCAUCAAGUCCAAGGUCAAUGGUACCUAAUCAAUACAAUAAUUUUGGAUCUGACAAUCCCUUGACGCUAAGUGGUGGCGCUGUAACAUCAGCAGAUACUGCUGCUUUUCGUCCUCCGAUGUUCCAUGGAAAUGGUUCUGUAUCAACUCAGACAGGUGCACCAACUUCAUCGCAUACGGGCAUGAACCCUCCCAUGGUACAAGGGCAUCACCUGGGAGGCCAACAGAUCCCAACCAUGCAAAAGCCACCUGGUCCACCACAGAAUUUCCCUGUACAAUUGCAGAAUGCUCAGCAAGGACAGCCUCUGCAGGGGCCUAUUCCACAGAUUGGGCAGCUUCAGGUCCCACAAUCCAUGGGACCUGUUUCAUUUGGCCAGAAUAUGCCAUCUAUGCAAUUGCCUGGCCAACCUCCAGCAUCACAGCCAUUGAUGCAACAGAAUGCUUCUCUAGGUGCUUUACAGGCUGCUUCAUCUGUACAGUCCAAUCCCAUGCAAGCUGUUCCUGGCCAGCAGCAACUUCCCACCAGUGUUGCUCCCCCAAUGCUCCAGCAGUCGAUGCAGCAGAUGCCUUCACAAGCACCACAGUUGCUGCUUCAACAGCAGGCAGCUUUGCAGUCUAGUUAUCAGUCUUCACAGCAGGCGAUUUAUCAGUUGCAGCAACAGCUGCAACUAAUGCAGCAGCAAACUAACCUAAAUCAGCAAGCCCCAGCACAGGUUGCUAAACAGCAGUCUGGACAGCCAGUGCAAUCCAGUACCCCUGGUGCUUCAGGUGCCAUUAUUCCGACAAAUAUUAUUGCAAUUCCACAGCAGGUUGGUUCACCUGCAGUUUCUUUAACCUGCAACUGGACAGAGCAUACCUCCCCUGAAGGUUUUAAGUAUUACUACAAUAGCGUUACUCGUGAGAGUAAGUGGGAGAAACCUGAAGAGUAUGUGCUGUAUGAGCAGCAGCAGCAGCAACAGCAGCAGCAGAAACUGCUUUUGCUUCAACAGCACCAACAAAAUAUUGCUGCACAGCAACUGCAAUCACCACCACAUGGUCAGUCACUUCCAUCCAUGCAACCAAUUCAACAACUUCCCCAGGCACAAGGACAAGCACAAAUGCAGAUGAAACAACAGGAAUUAAAUUACUCUCAAUUACAGGCAGCUGGUUCCAUUGAUCCCAGCAGGAUUCAGCAGGGCAUCCAAGCUGCACAAGAACGCGCUUGGAAAAGUUAGGGCUGCAGGUCAUGACGACAAAAGGCGCUAGUCAAGACUCGGAAUUGAGCUCAUCCCUGUGCCAUCCAUCUGUAACAGCGGCUUUGUUUAUCCUGCACACCCAGGAACCCAUCCCGAUAAGAGUGUAACUCUGGAUUUAGAUUAGACUGAUAUGUAGAUGGUAGAUCCUGUACGUGUACAUUGUUGCGACCUAGGCCAUGUAUCCCAUGUUAGCGAUUCAUGUACUCCAGCGGGUUAUCCCCAUGCGACUUCCUGGGUCCCUUUCAUCUCUGUUCUCUGAUUCUCUCCUUACAGCUGUGGUAUGAUUUGCGA